UAAAACAGUUGGCGCAUGUCGGUGGACAGUGGGGGGAUAGUUAGUCUUUACAACUUCCCCGUAAUAUUUUCUCCGGUAACAGUUGCCGGCGAAGGUAAGAAAAUGAUGAAGAGAAAACUGAAAUUCAACGGCAGAAAAGCCGAUAGGACGACGUCGACCGCCGCUGCCGCCGUCAAAGAGGAGGUAAUAGAGUGGGAGAUGAGGCCCGGAGGCAUGUUAGUCCAGAGACGGAGUGAUAAUUCCGACGUUCCAAUAACACUGAAUUUACGGAUUCGUGUGGCUUAUGCUGCUGCUCGGUACGAGAUCUCCGUCAAUCCUCACGCCACUUUUGGGGAAUUAAAGAAGUUAUUAACAGAAGAAACAGGAUUACAACCUGGAGAACAAAGACUAAUAAUGAGAGGGAAAGAAAGAGAAAAUGGAGAAUAUUUAGACAUGUGUGGAGUCAAAGAUCGAUCAAAAGUCAUCCUAAUCGAGGAUCCAGAAAGCAAAGAGAAAAGAUUCAUGCAGAUGAGAAAGAACGCCAAAAUCCAAGCCGCACAUCGCUUGAUUAACGAUGUGUCAGCGGAGAUUGAUAAACUGGCUGAGCAGAUAUCUGCAAUUGAAAAGUCAAAUGGAAAUGGGAAGAAAGUAGCAGAAUUACAGAUCACUACUUUGAUUGAGAUGUUAAUGAGACAAGCUGUCAAGUUGGAUAACAUCUCUGUAGAAGGAGAUGCAUCUGCCCAAAAGAAUUUGCAGGGACAAAGAGUGCAAAAAUGUGUGGAAACCCUUGAUGUGCUAAAAAUAGCCAAUGCAAAAAUAAAGCCAGUUAUAGUCACCACUAAGUGGGAAACUUUUGAUCCUCCUCCUGCCACGACAAAUUGGGAAUUAUUUGAUUGAUUUCUUUUAAAAAUCUCUUUCACUUUUUAUCUUUUACUUUUCCAGUUUUUUUCUCUGUAAUUUACUAAGGAGAUUUAACAGUUGUUCAAGUCGUGCUUGUAGCUUCUCUUCUACUGAUUCGCCAAUAAAUGUUUCUGCAGUAUUUGUAAAUGGGAAAUAUAAUUCCAAAUCCUAGCUCACACAGUGAGAAAUCUAGCUA